AAUAAGAUAAGGGCACCCAAAGAAAAGCAUGCUAUAUUGCUAUUUGUUUAGGACCCCACUCGUAAGUCCACCACUCCAUGCCUUCUACAUAAUAAAAAUAUAUAUACACACAAUACAUACAUUCUGCAGUCUCCAUGUUUACCAGAUCUUCACUCCCUUAAUUCAUGGUUUUAUGAAUAUCAAUAGCAAAGGCAAUGGCUAUGGCUAUCUUGUUUCUGAUUUUAGGUUGUUUUGCUGAGGUUGAGUCUAUGUUGUCUCAUCCUGAUAAGAUUACUAAGUUGCCUGGACAACCCACAUUGCAAUUUCAACAAUUUGCAGGUUAUGUUACCGUUGAUGACAGAAAACAAAGAGCCCUAUUUUACUAUUUUGUUGAGGCAGAAAAGGACCCUUCUUCAAAGCCUCUGGUCUUGUGGUUGAAUGGAGGACCUGGCUGCUCCUCUAUUGGAGUUGGGGCAUUUUCUGAAAAUGGACCUUUAAGACCAAAUGGACAAGUUCUUGAUAGAAAUGAGUAUAGCUGGAACAGAGAAGCAAAUAUGUUGUAUUUGGACACACCAAUAGGAGUUGGGUUUUCUUAUUCAACUAAUACCUCAGAAUAUGGGACUGUGAAUGAUGAGGUCACCGCCAGGGAUAAUAUCUUUUUCUUGCAACGGUGGUUCCUCAAAUUUCCCCAGUAUGCUCAUAGUCCCUUGUUUAUAACUGGAGAAAGUUACGCUGGUCACUACGUACCUCAACUUGCCAAGCUAAUGAUCAAGUUCAAUAAAAAGAAAAUGGUGUUCAAUCUAAAAGGAAUAGCAGUAAGUGUUCAUUGGUGUUAUUUUUUUGCUAUUUUAGGAUUUGCCUUCCCUUUCUUCGGGUUAGAAAGACAGGUGCUCAAAUUAUUAAACACUUUCAGCUUAAGUAAAUUUUGCAAUUUGAGUGCUUUAUGUUAAACCAUCUCAUUUGUUAAAAAAGAUGCAAAUGUAUUAUUCAAUCUUAUGAAAAGGACUACAGAGUAGAAUAUAAAUUGUAAAACGCUAAACUAUGAAACUCGGGAAAUAAAAUAAACUAUCACUAAGAAAGACACCUAAUUUACAUUAAUAUCUAACGAUCUCGUUAGACUCAUGAUGUUAGUGUUGAGCAACUUUAUUUUGCUAAGGAGUGAUAUGAUCACUAGUAUACAAAUUCAUACAAUAUGCUAAAUUAUGAGUGCAUUAUAUUAAACCACCUCGUUUAAAAGCAUACACGGUAGACAGAGAACACAUAAAUUAUUUAAAUUUUAUCUUCGGUACAUACCUAAUUACAUGAGACUCAAUAAGAUUUUUCGACCAAAACACUUACUGUUAAGGGAAUAAAUCCCACAUCGAUCAAAUAUCGAAAUAUUCAUCAACUUAAAUAGAUCUUGGGUCACUCUUCUUAAUAAGAUUGACUUUAUUAAAAUGUACCCCAAAUCUUAACAUGGUAUCAGAGCCCAUUAAACUCCAACGAGCAAUUCAAUCCGAUUAAAUCUUUAAAAAUGAGCACACGGAUUUCAAGAUUGAUCAGCUCAAACGAGCCACCAUUU